AUGUCGCAGAAACCAAUUGAUGGCGUGUCGGAAAAUUCCAGUACCUCAUACCCAGCGGCAGAUAGACAGACAAGCACCACUGGGAUUGAGAAGUCAUCAGCAGCGAAGGGGGCUUUUUACGAAGCGUACUACGAUUGCCUUGAGCGCUCCAGCCCUCCCAAUUGCAAGGCCACGAAGCCCACACCUCAACCCCCUGCUGAUAAUCAAGAUGCUGGAGCCUUUCCCCAGUACAUACACGCAUUCAAUGGUUCCAUAUCAGCAACGCCAAUGCCGAAUGAUAGCGAUACAACAGGAUACGAGACUAGUCAAGACCGAAAUGCACCGCGACCAUAUGUUUCGUCCUACCCGGCGAGAGGAGGAAGGCUUGUGUCUCGGAUGCACAAAGAUCAUAUCAUUGAGCGACAAGACUUUUUCAAUUCGUCUGAUGGUGGUCACGAUGAUAGCCUGGAGGAGCACAAAUCAGAUGGCCUAGAAACCACGCGUAGAAAAAAGUCAACAGGGCUGGCUCAGCAAGCGUCGGGUACACAAGCGCAUUCCCUCUUUCAGUGGCCCAUCGAUUCAAGAGACGGAGGCGCGGCAAAAUUUACAUUGCAGUCUCGGAAGAACCCAGAGGCAGUUGGCGACGCUAGUGCCUUAGCAAGCGAACGACGUCGUGCCGAACCCCGCGAGCGCUUCGGACAUCUGGGCCAUGAUGAUGAUGACCCAGGGGGUCACGAACAAAGAUUUCCAGGGGUUGGUUACCAAGUCAAGUAG